AUGGCUCCUCCUCCUCCUUCCGCGAACUUGCCUCUGGUUGAGAGACUCAAGGCCUUGGCCCAAACUCUACAGUUUGCAUGGUUCGUUGGACAUGUGACGCUAUUGCUCUCCGUCUUCCGCUACCUUGUGUCUUGCAUCUUCUUCAACUACUACUCCUCCUCGGCACAGAUCGCCUACCGCCUGGCAUUCAUCUCGGCUGCCGGGACAUAUGGAAUCGUUGUGUAUAAGGGCCACUUCGCCCGGGGUGUCCAGGGCAGCCCUCUGUCAAUUGUGAUGAAGCUCAUCUCUGAUGAGAAUGUGCAAUACCUCGGAAUGGCUCUGGUCUGGCUGUACUCCCGCCAGCUUAUCCUAGCUCUUCUGCCUUUCAGCGUCUACUCGGUCUUCCACGUCGCAACCUACAGCCGCAUGUACUUGAUCCCCACCCUGCAGCCCGCUGCUCCGGCCCCUACCUCUCCCUCCUCCCCCAACAAGCCUGCUGUGAAGCAGUCUCCCCUUGCUGAGACCAUUGGACGGUUCAUCAAGCAAUACUACGAUGCCAGCAUGGGUGUUGUCGCUACUCUCGAGAUCGCCCUGCUGUUCCGCCUUGUUCUGUCCGCUAUCACUUUCUCCAAGGGUAGCUGGGUGCUCCUGAUCGUCUACCUGUCCUUCUUCCGCGCCCGCUACGCCCAGAGCUCCUUCGUCCAGCAGGCUGUUCGCCAACUCACUGCCCGUGCCGACGCCACUAUCUCCCACCAGAGCACUCCUCCCCAGGUUCGCCAGGGCUGGGAGACCCUCAAGGGUGUUGUGCGCCAGGGAUACGAGGCCACCGAUAUUGGCCGCUACAUCUCUGGUCCUACCGCUGCUAAGAAGCCGCAGCCUAAAAAGGCUUAUGUCAGAGAGUAUGGGGGCAAAUUGGACAAGGUAUAUGCGCGAUUUGUCAAAAACGACGGGCAUAUUGCCAUGAGCCUGACCUCGCGGGUGUUCAGCCUGUUCUCGACAGCGACCUCAGACCCGACAGCACCGUCUGCGGGGGACUCACAUACCUCACCAUGGACACAACCGAGUUCAAUGGGUGGAAUUAGUGAUCCAAACUACACUGUUCGAAAUGGCGACCUCGCGCUGUUGGAGGAAGAGGAGCCUCGGCCACCAUACCUACAUGCGAUGUUGGCUGGUGGUACCGGAGGAACAUGCGGCGACAUGUUGAUGCACUCAUUAGAUACAGUCAAGACCCGACAACAAGGCGAUCCGACCUUUCCGCCCAAAUACACUUCGAUGGGCCAGUCCUAUGCAACAAUCUACCGCCAAGAAGGAAUAUGUCGCGGAUUAUAUGGAGGAGUAACGCCGGCUCUACUCGGCUCGUUUCCCGGCACCGUGAUAUUUUUCGGCGUGUAUGAAUAUACCAAGCGCCUGAUGAUCGACUCCGGGAUCAACCCCAGCAUCGCCUAUCUAUCGGGUGGUUUCUUGGCCGAUUUGGCUGCGUCAGUUGUCUACGUGCCAUCCGAGGUGCUGAAAACACGACUCCAGCUGCAGGGACGACACAACAACCCGCACUUCAACUCAGGCUACAACUACCGCAACAUGCGAGAUGGGUUCCGCCAAAUCGUCCGCCAGGAAGGAUUUUCAGCAUUAUUCCACGGCUACAAGGCCACUAUUUUCCGCGAUCUCCCAUUUUCAGCACUCCAAUUCGCAUUCUAUGAAAAGGAGCAAUCCAUGGCUAAGGACUGGGUUGGAAAACGGGACAUUGGGCUGGGCUUGGAGGUCUUGACAGCCGCCACCGCCGGCGGUAUGGCUGGUGUGAUCACCUGUCCGAUGGAUGUGGUCAAGACACGCAUCCAGACCCAGCAAAAUCCCCCAGCGCUCCCAUCCGGCUCCUCGGGUGCCAAACAUAGCGUCGAACAUAUACCGAAAGAAAGCCCACGGCCACACGCGGCAUCAUCACAUUCCCACAUUCCUCGGGCACACUCGCGACCAAUUUCCACCUCAGGUGCAAACACAUCAAUCCCACCGCCCGGUACACCCCGACUUGACACAUCCUCCGUGUUCACGGGGUUGAAGAUGAUCUACCGGACGGAGGGUCUUGCGGGGUGGUUCCGCGGCGUGGGCCCACGCGGUGUGUGGACUAGCAUUCAAAGCGGGACGAUGCUGGUUAUGUAUCAGUACCUGCUCAAAGAACUCGAGGCCCGCCAGAUUUUGGAGGAGUCUUUGUAA